AUGGAGUUAAAACAUCUAUUGGUCUUAUGCCUCAUGGCCGUAUCGUCUAAUUGUCAGCUAACAACAUCAAGAAGCUCAAAGUUCUACAUGCAGAGCACAAUGCCAAUGUAUGAUGAUGUUAUAACACAGAUGCAAGAAGCUAUAUAUGUGAAAACUCAAGAAAUAGCCGUUUUGAAGAAAAUGGUCGUGAACUUACAAGCCAAUUAUACUCAAUUAGGCGAAACUGCUCGACUCAAAGGUGACAGGGGUACUUCUGGACAUAAAGGUGACCAGGGAGCUGCUGGACCAAAGGGUAACCAAGGAACUGCUGGAUCCAAGGGUGACCAAGGAACUGCUGGAUCCAAAGGUGACCAAGGAACUGCUGGACCUAAAGGCAACCAAGGCAUUGGUGGACCCAAAGGCGACCAAGGUACUGUUGGACCAAAGGGCGGUCAAGGAACUGCUGGACCUAAAGGCAACCCAGGCAUUCGUGGACCCAAGGGCGAUCAAGGCACUACUGGACCCAAAGGCGACCAAGGUACUGCUGGACCCAAGGGCGACCAAGGUACUGCUGGACCCAAGGGCGACCAAGGUUCUGCUGGACCCAAAGGCGACCAAGGCACUGCUGGACCAAAGGGCGACCGAGGUACUGCUGGACCAAAGGGCGACCAAGGUACUGUUGGACCCAAGGGCGACCAAGGUACUGCUGGAUCCAAGGGCGACCGAGGCACUGCUGGACCCAAAGGCGACCAAGGUAUUGUUGGGCCCAAAGGCGACCGUGGAAACGCUGGUCCGCCUGGUUUUUCGGGGCCAGCUGGAGAGAAAGGUGACAAAGGCAGUCAGGGCCCUAAGGGGGACAGCGGAGUUGUCUAUCCCGUAGACUGUAGUGACAACCCAAGCUUUACUGGUAUAAAAACAAUCCAACCCCGGGGAAAAGUUUCGUUCAGAGCGCGUUGCAGCACGGGUUGCGUAUUUAUGGCCAGACGCUUCAAUGGGAGUGUUAAUUUCAACCAAGGCUGGGUGGAGUAUAAAGAAGGAUUCGGGCCCUUGGAGGGAGAGCAUUUCAUCGGCCUUGACAAUCUACAUGGUUUAUUAUCACAGGGAAGUUAUAAACUCCGAAUAGAAUUAACCAUGUGGCCUCCUGAAAACGAAACUCGUCAUGCUGAAUAUUCGGUGUUCGAUGUUGGCGAUAGACGCAGUAACUACCGACUGACGAUUGGUGGAUAUAGUGGAGAUGCAGGGGACUCUCUUACUUACCAUAAUGAUACGCAGUUUAGCACAAUAGAUCGUGAUCACGAUGAAGACGCAAGAGGAAGCUGUGCCUUUACAUAUAAAGGGGCAUGGUCACUGCUACCCACCUAA